CACGGAGCCUGUCAAUACGGUGAAGAAAUGCAGUGUUUGGUGCUGCAGACUCCGUGGAGGUUUACGAAAUCUUUGCGUGUUUGUUAAAUGUCUGAAAUGGCCUCGCGCCAGAAAUACCGGUUUAUUCGUCCGUUCGCCCCCUGAAGACGUGUGGUUUUAAAGACAGCGUGUGGGCUAAGCGCUCGCUAGCCGUCGCCAUCGAAAUAAGACUGGGUUCGUGGACAGAAGAAAGAAAGAAGACGACAGGAUCUGGACACGUUUACACAGCCCUAUGAGACUCGUAUCAGGUGAGCGAUGGAUAUGAGAGAGGUGUAUGUGGUGGUCGGCAGCUUCGUGGGGUUCCAGCUGUUCUUCUCCUGCGUCAGUCCGGUUCUGUCUUCCAACUUCACACACGGUUAUGGGAAACUUCCACCACACAAACUCAACGACUGGAACUCCAGGCUCGUGUCCACUGUCCAUGCUUUAAUUGUGGGGCUUUUCUGUCUCUAUAUCCUCUGGUACGAUGAUGCCGUCAAUGAAGACCCUGUCUGGGGUGAUCCUAACCUGGUUAAGCUCAAUGUGGCCAUCACCUGUGGUUACCUGUUCUAUGACCUGGUGCUUCUAGCUUGUAAUUGGAGUACCAUGGGUGACGCGUUUUUUGUCUGUCACCACUUGGCGGCGCUGUAUGCUUAUGGAUAUGUGCUGAACCGUGGAGUGCUUCCUUAUUUCGCUAACUUCCGACUGAUUUCAGAAUUGUCAACGCCAUUUGUGAAUCAAAGGUGGUUUUUCGAAGCGUUGGCCUACCCUCGUACCGACCAGCUGGUCGUCAUCAACGGCAUCGCCAUGGCGGUCGUGUUCUUCCUGGUGCGGAUUGCCGUGAUGCCGCCCUACUGGGCCAAGGUGUUCGGCACGUUCGGCACGCCAGCGUUUGAAAGGCUCGGUCUCAGCGCUCAGGUGGCUUGGAUCUUAUCCUGCAUUUGUUUGGAUAUCCUGAACACAAUAUGGAUGUACAAAAUCGCCCGCGGCUGCUACAAAGUCAUUACCGGCAAGCUAAGAGGGAGCAAAGCGGACGCCAAAAAGACCAAUUUCGUGAACAACCACACAGACUGAGAAUCAUCCGCAAUAAAGACAUGUAGAUUAGGCGUAUUCUCUUCCCAGAAUAUAGCGACUCCCGAGUCGUUUCCUUUGUGCUCUGGAUGGACGUGCUCUCAAAAAGAGGUUGAGAGGAUCCAUCCCAGUGUGGUUUUAACCUCUAUGUCAUUUACAAACAAUCUGAAUUCACCUACGCCGGUGAAUUGCCUCAAACACAACCAAAGUGCCUCAAAGCACCACGAGAAGCAAUAGAACAUAUGAGCUCAUGAAAGUCCAUCGCAUCUCCCUCGCAAAGCCUUAUCUAGUCAGUACCCAUCCGUGUUUUUUCUCCAAACCAAUCGUGGUUGGCUCAAGAGCCAUAUUUCCUGUGAUCUUUAACACUGAUGUGCCUCAGUGGUCUCCAGGCUUGAACUUGCCCCUCGUUUGUUGGCGGACCGGAAACAGCGCUCACCGAAUUCAUUCAGUCUUACGUCAACACUACAUUGCCAGUCUGACUCGUCGCAAGGCUUCCGUGAAACCACAGAUCUACCUCUCUCACCGUGUCAAGCACAAGUGCAGAAACAAGAAACAACACCGUACGGACUUGCUACGAAAAAAAUAAAGAAUCAAGCGCUCACGGCCUCCACUGUUAUAGCCCGUACCUGCAGAACUCCUCUUACGUUGCACCGCAGUCGCGCUUUUGCAUUUACAGAAGUUGUCUUCCAGGUGGAAAUGGUAAAGCUUUCGUUAGUUUGUCGCGUCGGUCCGCUUUGACGAUUCAAGCCGGUUUAUUCGUUUCUCAGGUUGUCGACUUUUCUAAAGCUCUUCGUUUUCUGUAUUUGCAUGUGUUUCUCCAACAAGUCUCUCUUAACUACACGUUCACAGGUUCUAGAUUGUUUCAGUUCUCGCCAAAUAGAUAAUUUCAACGACUCGAGGGGAACGGGUGCGGAUUUUCAGCUUUUGUCAUGAUGAUGCAUGAAAGCUGAUCCUCUUGAAUGUGAUUUCCAGCUUAUAUUUAUCUGGGCAUGUGAACCCAUGUUGCAUUGUGCUGUGGUGUUACGAUGUAUAUUUGCUUAAAAACAUACGCGUACUUAUUUCUGCCUAAAAUCGUGUGCUUUCAGAGCUAGUGUUUCUCUUCUGAAAUUCAGGUACGCCUCCAAAAUGAUUGUCAUUUCGACUUCUUAAAUUGGGUAAUUCUGGCUGAGAAUGGGAGAGGAUUGUGGGUAAUGUAGUUUUUUUGUUUUUUUUUUAGAUCCGUAAUUUUGAAAUAACCAAAUCAUCCUCCAGGCCUUGAUUAUGUGAAGCUGUGACAAUAGAAACGGUGAUGUUUUUGGAGAAGGAAAUGACCCUUGGUCAUGUAAUCAUAUGUAGUCAUGUAUAAUGUCUGAAAUGAGCUGUAAUCUUCGCGUUUAUGAAAACGCGAAACACGGAUGGGCUUUGUGGUACGACAUCCCACACAAACGUUGCACACAAAAUCGGAUGCCUUUGCUGCGCUAAUAUUGUAAUGUUCUCCAGUGGCUGGCCGUCCUCACUAUGCUUUUGCAUUUUUGAAGGGCUGAUCGAAAUCAAUAAAAAGUUCGAGUACAAAUUGAAUUUACAGUACUUUUAAGUAUUCAUUAAAACUGACUUUUUUUCUCCACAGUUAUUGAUUGUUUUCUUUAGAACAGCCACGAAAACGUGCCUGUUGCUGUCCAGUGUAUGAAAUAAGAGCAUAGAUGGGACUGUGCUAGCAUGAAGCAGUCGUAACCUGCGCCUAGCCUCGCUUUAGCUUAGCCUCUUGCAUCAUAGUGGCUAAUUCAAAGGGUGGGAGAAUGUGAAAAAAAAAAAAGUAGACUGGAUCCCUCAUAUCAAA